AUGUCAUUUCUCCUGGGGCUGAAGCUGAGUGCGGAUCAGCUGGCCCUGGUCUACAGCACGCUGGGGCUCUGCCUGCGUGCCGUCCUCUGCUGCUUCCUGAUGGUGGUGGCCUGCUUCCUCAAGAAGAGCGGGGGUCCCUGCUCCUGCCAGCCCUGCUCAAGGCCCUGUCAAAGUCCGGCCAAGUCUUCCCAGGAUCACGAGAUGAAAGCCGGCAGCCCUGUGGGCACAUCACCUAAGCCAGUGGAGACCUGCAGCUUCUGCCUCCCCAAGCACAGCAUGCCCACCCAGGAGAGCGCAGUCAUACCUGGAACCCUCAACCCCAUGGGUGAUGGAAGGUGGAGGUGCCCUGUGAGGGUGCCCUGA